CAGACGAUGGAUGUUUCAGUCGAACAGACGUACGAAACUCUCCCACCGAGCUUAUAUUGUGGAAUCUACUUUAAUAUUAACGGUGCUUUGAGUUAGUUUUUUUGUGCGUUUAUUUCUGCCAUUUUUCUGCGUCAGCAACGAACCAAAGUCACACGUACACGCUUCGUUGCAUCUCUGUAACAUCUUCAAAUGGAUGUAGUCCGAGGUCUCCCAAAUGAAACCGAAGCGGAUGAAGGCUCUUCUGUGAAGUCUUUUCCAGGAUACCUGAUGCAGCUCUCAUAUUAAAUUACAUUUCACACUGAUGCAGGCCGAAGACGUAAUUGGAAAGUAUUUUUCAGUACUUAAUUGAAUUCAUUUUCAAGCGAGGACAAACAUCUGUCUUUGUAAACACCGAAGGCAUGGAACAGGUAGAGGAGACUAGGUCAAGUGAAUACUCUGGGUCCAGAGCAGCUAAUGACAAGACACCUCUUAUUAGAGGUAAAUCCACUCAAAGCAUAAAUGGAGCAGCAUCGGAUGGAACAUCAGGCCGUAUGACCAACACAGAGGGCUAUGAAGAACUUUUCAAAGACAGUGCUCCCUGUCCCACUUGUCGAGGUUUGGGAAGAGUAUCCAAAGCGCAAGAAGGGGAGUUGGUGGCACUGAUCCCCAUGAAAGACAAGCGCCUUAAACCAAGAAGAACAGUUCUGUAUGUUGCUGUGGCCACUUUUAUCUGUGUUGUGAUCGCCGGAUUGUGCAUGUUUUUCCUUUUUCCUCGGGAUGUUGUGGUCACCAGUGAUCAUCCUCCGUUCCUGGAGCCCAUAUUUGUUAAUCUUAAUCUUUCUGCUUAUUAUGUCAAUUUUACAGUCAGGAAUUUCUACUACUUUAGCAACAACAACUUCUACAAUGUUAAGAUCACAGGGGCACAGGUGGUAUCUUUUUAUGACCAAAAGGUCAUGUCAAUAUCCUUGAAUAAAACUGAAGUCAACAUACCAAUGCGGUCCACAAUCACCUACGGCAUCGAAAUGAACUUUUUCCUCUCCAGCACAAAUGACUGGGGUUUCUUAGUGAAAUUUUGUGAAGACCCCAGAUCUUGGGUUCACAAUCUUCCUCUUACACUUGAGUUGACAGCCAAUUACACAUAUCUGGGUCACGUGGAGCAGGCCACCCUGAUGACAUACCAGUCUGUUUCCUGUUACAACAACUCUGCGCCUGUGUAGUACCUGGCUAACACCUUGUGUCUGGUUGGCUCUUGCAGGAUUUAAAACUGUGAUAAAAUGAUCUGAUGUGGUAGAUGGUAGAGUUUUUAUUUUUAAAAGAUUGAGGUCUUGAAUUAAAAAUACGUGUUGUUUUGCUGCCUUCAGUUUGUGUGCUUUCAUGUUAAUUUUUAAUUAUAUUUGUUAUUAAGUAAGAGGUCGUCAAAAAGAGGUUGAGUUGGAUGCAGAUAUGGCAUGUUGCAAGGGAGAUAAGAGGAGCUCUUCAUUGACAGAUAGCUGUACUUUCCCUUUAAUUCAGAUUGCGAUAGGACGACCAUAUGUGUAAUUAUGUUUAAUUCUGCUGCUGAUAUGUGUAUGUGAACAUGAUAUACUGAAGCCAGAUACAGCAUUCUUUUCAAGGCUUACAUUGAUGUGUGAAUUAUAGAAUCAGGAACUCAGAAGCGUUUCUGGUAAUAUUAGACAAUGGAAUGCAGGUGGUUAUUCUAAAGCGACUGACGAGAAACGUGGGGGCAUUAUAACGUGAUUAUAUUGUUUUGAUUGUUUUGGUUUCUUACUUUUUAGGAUAGAAAUGAUUUUGUUGUUUUUGUCAGCUUAUGCACUUGUAUAUUUGUUUGUAUAACCAGGUUACUCGAUCAAAGAGGUGUGUUCAUGUGCUCUUAAUAAGGGGAACAUGAGAACAACAGUGGGAUUAUAUCUAUUGCAGUGAUUGUUUGCUCAUUGCCUGCUGCUCUGAUUUUAUGACCAUUUCUUUGGUAACCUUUGUACUGUCUUCAGUAUUUAUACAAAAAUUCAAGCAUGUACAUCUCGUCCCAAUUUCAGAAGUUUCUACGCCAUUUUAUGAAAUUUGGAUAUCUUAGCAGGAGUAUUCCCUGGUCUGGUUGCCUGGCUGUAGACCAUUCAUUAGCUUACUUUUCUCAUGCUUGACUUCCUAACAACUAAUAGUCAGUGACAAAUGAUGUUUUUAUACAGUCUGUUUCUGAUCAGCUGAAACUGGUGUUGCCAUUAUUUUUUGUAACUGCUGGAAAGGCUUCUGUGCUACUACUCUCUGAUUACUCAGAAAGACAUCCAAUGGAGUGAAGCCUAUCUUCUCUUCAAGACCCUAUCCCCACUUGGCUGAACAUGAAAAUGUGGGCUUGUGUCUAUGUCUGUCCAUACUCUACUAUACUUCUGUCAUUUAAUUAUUAAAAAAAUAAAACUAAGGUUAUACAUCUUGCAAUAUUAAAUGUAGCAUUGCCCAAUCUGCUUUAAAAACUGUCUGUUGGGUUUGAGGGAAAGGGGUAAGGGGUGAAGAGGUUCAAGAGAGUCUGAGCUGUCUGCCUUUGGAUGUGUGUAAGGUGAUGUGUGUGUAAGGACAUCACCAUCCUUAUGUAUGUGUGUUCCACUAGCUUGCUUUGUUUCUUUCCAGACUUAAUUUUUUUUUUCAGAACUGUUCUUAUUAACUAUUAUUUCCUAAAUCGUAUAUUACUAUUUGUUACUGCGGUUAUCUCUGUUAGUACUUUGAUGACAAGCUAUUAUGUGCAUUAUUAGCACAGAAGUAUUAUAAAAGAUAUUGUUUUAUAUAUUUUAUACUCAUAAAAUUUAAUAAUUGUGAAUGAACGAGUGUGUCUGUGAGUUUAAGUGCUUUAGUUUGUGUUUGCGCUAUUUGAUGAUUAGAACAAGACUGUAUCCUGUAUAGUUAUGCUCAUGAACCACAUAAUUAUGUUUUGAUUAUCAAAAGACACUAUGUACAAUCUUGUCAUAAGAUUAUAGUGGAGCUAAAAAAAUUCAGAUUGUAGUCAUCAUAAUGAAAAACACACCCCAUUUGAAAUACUCUAUAAUUUUUGUAUAACAAUAAAAGUGCCUACUAGUGUAUUUUUUAGAGUGAAUACCUGUCAUUAAGUGAUGCAUAACUAACAAUCUGUGCAUCCUUUUUUCAUAAAGGUUCACACAGUAACUUCACAGCCCAAAAUUCUCUUUUUUUUGUACUCUUCUUUCUGGAAAACAUCGUCUUUGAUAAUAAAAGUCCCAAAAAGUUUGCAUUUGUUUUAAGUGGUGUACCAGCAAAAAAGCUGAAAUUUGUAGUGUAUGACAGUAAAGUAUUUUGCAACAA